GUGCGAGGCCGGACCCCAUCAGCGACGUUACGCUCCCCACCACAACACUUCCUGCAGUCUUUACAAGGUACCAUCACACACAACUGCACUGUUCGACCACUCGGAACAACCAGAAGCACCACUCGCAGCCUGUUGAUAAUGGACAGUGACGAGCCAGAGACGUGUAAGGUUUGUCUAAGCAACUACAAUGAAACUGUCCGAAGGCCGUGUACUCUGCCUUGUGGCCAUACAAUCUGCUCACAGUGUACUAAAGAUGCUGUACAGAAUGCUCUUCUCAUCUGCCCGAGCUGCCAUACUGAGCACAGUGCCACAGCUGAUGCUCAGUUCCCAGUUAGCUACAGUAUGGAGGCCUUGCUCAGGAAACUCAAAGGUAUUAGACUGACGUCAUUGGCACCAGAGUCGGUUAAACCUCAACACAGCUCAAAGCGCAAGGGCAAAAUGCUACGGUCCUUGACGGAGGAGUACAGGCGCAACAUCGACAAUUUCGUGUUUGGCUGUGAAGAAGCGCUCUCUCUGAUGAGUGACUACCAGCGGCGGCUGACUUACUGGAAGCGUUAUCACCAACAACUGGAAGACGGACUAAAUGAUCUGCUGGAACAGAACAAGGCUGCAAUGAAGCCGCUGAAAAAGGAGGUUAUCAGUGUUGCAAACAUUACACCAGAAGGAGAGGAAGGAAGGAUACGGCUUAAAGCCAUGGUUGUGCGCCUUGACACACUCGACACCGCACAGGAGAUCGUCUCGACCAUUGAUGAAUAUGAUCUGUAUUACAAGGAGACUGAACAUUGGAUUAAGAAGUGCAAGGAACGCUUCCCGGACGCCAGCUCUGUCCACACGUCAAUUAAGGUGCAGGAGAUCAUGAAACAAUUCCUCAAGAUGAUGCCCGUUGAGAGAAAAAAGACCAUAAUCUCAGUCACCCUGGAAGACCCCCACUUCAAUAUUCCAGGGAAAAUUCAGAAAAUUACUGAAGACCUCUUUUGUAAAAUGCUAACUGUCGAACACCUUCGUUUUUUAAACGAGCCCGUCAAGAAGCUGCUGAUAGCUGGCCGGGUCUUUGCUGUCAAGGAGUUAGCUGAUGACACUUACUACGCAAGGAUAACAUUCAAAGAGGGAAGACUGUGCCUUCAUUCACUCAUAAAGCAGCCUCUGCCCGCCUUUGCUGCUACACUCAAGCACGGAUACGUUCUGGACCUUCUGAACCGCUCCUCCACCGUGGCCUUUCUUAACCUGGGAUGUAACGGGUCACCAAUAGGACAGGUUGACAUACGGGUGAACCAUAACACCGGACUGGCCAGACAGUUUAUAUUUUUGUGCACUGGCCAGCAGGGCAAAACUUACUUAAACACAAAUCUUCUAAGGUUAGGCAGCCAUUUUGACGGGGGAAAAUUUGUCGUGGGUGGCGACUAUGAGUGGAAUGAUGGAUCUGGAGGACACUCAGUACUGUUCAACCUGAAGGGUGAAUACGGGAAAUUACACGAAGUAGGAGCUGUUUCGUCACGGUUUUGGCCCGACCAAGAACAUUGCGCUCAGUUUUGCAUCGGUGUUACUGAAGGUUAUCACAAUGAAUCUGACGGCAUAUUUGGUUAUGUGGAGAGGGGUAUGGGUGUGGUGAUGGCAGCAGCCGAGGCCACAUACAUGCCUAAGGUGACUGUCAUGGACUGUGGUGUUGUGUUGCCACUGUAGGUCUCUGUCCCACUUAUCUUCACUAUCAAAUAAAUGCAAUGUCACUAACCUUUAUUUGAAACAAUUAAUGCUGUAAAUUUAGAUAUAAAAAUAAUAGUUUUUGGCUUGGUGUACGUUAGGCCUGUGUAUGUAUACACACGAAACCUGUCGAUGUAUACAUGUAUAGCCUGUGUGGGAGCGGGAGUCUAGACAUGAAAGGUGAGGGCUUAAUGCUUUGUGUUUGGCAUUUCAAUUUAGUUUACUCAAUGUGAGGAAUAACUAUUUACACAAUAAGAAAGGUGAUUCAGUAGUGUAUAGGCCUACAAUGUAUUACGUACAACUAUUGUCUGGUAAUGUCAUCCAAAAAGAUUCAUACUGAGAAAUGCCAAAUUGUUUUUUUUUUUUAAGGUCUAGAUUAAUUCCGAAGUAAAUGUAAAUAAAUAAAUAUAUAACAAUUUACAGCCUUUGUAAGACAACCGGGUGAUGACUAUUGAUCAACAUGAGACGAUAACCACACUUCAAGGGUUAAUUAUCUUCAUGUCCUGUCAUCACCCUCUGUGUCGUCAUAGAUUCCAUAUCCCCAGUCUUUACUGUCAAUAUCACCCAUGUCACCAUAAUAUUGGUACCUCGAGUGCUGUAAUCAUUACUUGUGUGUCUUCAGUUGUCAAUUACUCAGUCACAUUUGCUGUUAGUCAUUCAUACAUUUCCAUCAGUCGCCACCACCUCAAUAUCACCAUGCCUUUCUAUUUUCGCAUCUAACCAUCACCUUCCUGCCAGUUGAGACCCAGAAUUGGGUUCAUUAAUGACCAUAUUGAGUAAUAAAAUACUAAAGUCCCUAGAAUAUCUUAUGGGCAAGUUGCAUUCUGUAUACUUUAAACAUUUUUUGUCAUGAUGCAAUCUCAUUAUCCAAAAUGCUAACUGUAUAGAUUCUAGUAAAUGUGUAAGACACUCGACAUUUAAUUGUUGACCCAUUUGGUAUUGACUGCACCUGCAAGAAUCUAUCACGUCUCAGUGUGGUGGUGAUUACUCGGGUCGAGCCACCCCUCGCUGGUGCUACCAAACAGCAACACUAAUUUAUGCUAACCACAUCCAGACGCAGAGCCGUGUAGUGAGCACAGUGAUCCCUACUGUCUGCCUGUCACGUCGCUCUUGUAUUGAGAUUCAACCUAAAUGAACAGUUUAACUUAAUACCAGUUCGAUAUUAAGUUUGUAAUAAUUUGGAAGAGCUUUAAUUGACAGCAAAGUAAUUUAGGUUUAUGUAAAGUGAAGAUUGUCAACAUGGGUUUAUUUACACCUAUAAACAUUCAAAUGGAAAUUAACUGAAUUGGCAUUACAUUACUUUAAAUAUUUAAUGUAAAUGAUUUAAGUACAAACAGAUCUAGACCUUAGAGGUCCCCAAAAGGUGGACAGUAAAAACUGUAGCAGUCAACAAUAUACUUUAUAUUUGAAAUGUUACAAUAUGAUGAGACGUCAUUGAGCUACUGUGGUGUAAUCUGGUCAGGCUAGAGGCAGAGUUUGUAGUGUGAGAAGACUUGGGUCGAGGCUGGUCAUAGGCAUUACUCGGGACUGAGCUAUGAUACUGACUGAACUAGGUCAGCCUUGCUUAGUUCAGUUAUAUACCCCUUAGUACACGUAUACUAGUACAUGUACUCACUAGUAUUUAUUUAUUUAUUUGUUUGGAUCUAUUGUUGUCAAACUACUUAGUCGUUAAGUUAUUUGGUGCUAUUGUAUACUAAAGGUGCUAUUGUAUACUAAUUUGGUGCUAUUGUAUACUAUUGUAUAUCAGUCGGUGGCUGAUAUGUAAUUCUGGCUUUGUGUUAAGUUAUAUUUUCAUACAUUUUUAUAAAAUAAAAAUAUAUAUUU